AUGAAGGGGACGCUGCUUCUGCUGGCCUUGCUGGUGACCGGGGAGCUGGGCUUCCAGACAACGGAAGCAUGCAUUCCUUUCUUUGAAGCCUUUACUGCAAUGGCCAUUGGAAACAAGGAAAUAAUGAAUGCCGUCCUUACCAAGUUUGAUGCUACUGACGGGGAAAAAAAAGGUUUUGAAAAAAUCCAGGAAUGCUACAAUGAGGGAGGAUUGAAAGCCAAAUUCCUAGAUUCCACAGUUCUGAAAACCAUUACCCUGAGCCCACAAUGCAAGAUAUACUAUACCAUAGAUACUACAGAAAAAAUUAAAGCACUCCUUUCCAAAUUUAACAUCCCGGCAAAAUGA